GUUAGGAGGCAGGGCCAAAACGCCGCCCUCGCAUUGAUCUUGGAUUGAGGGAUUGAUUGAUUUUGGCAGCACAUGGGAAGCAAAAGUUUUCCUCUCCCCGCUGCUGCUGCUUCCCGCCCCUGGUGCCAGCCGGCAGCAGCCAGCCCGCUGCCCGGGACCGGGCGCCCCGCGUCCCCCUUCGCAUCCGCGCUGCGCCUCCCUGGAUACUUCGGUGGUGCUUUUGCCCCGCUCGCCUGCGGGCGCUGAGGAAUAAAAGGCGAUCGGGCGCUUCCCCAGCCCGGGACGGAGGGAGAGGAACAGCCUCCCCCAGCCAGGGUCGCUCCGGGGAAGGGCAGAACUUCGGGGAUGUGUAGUUGGCGGCCAGUGGGGUUCAGCUUGGCCCGGCUGCUUUAGGGGAAGCCGGGAAGCGACGCAGCUCCGAGCCCGGUCGGCUCCAGUCUCAUCAUGGGGACUGGCGUGUGCUCGCGAAGGCAGAAGGGGCUCUUGCAAACCGGCUUCUGCCUGGUGGCGGUGGCGUGUUUGGGCGCCGGAGUUUUCCUGGGCAGCCACUUGCAGCAGAAGGCGAAGGACGCCGAAGCCCUGGCUCUGAAAUUCAAACAGCAGCAGGAAGCGCUGUCCGCCCAGCUACAAGUUGUGUACGAGCACAGAUCGCGGCUUGAACGAUCCCUGCAGAAAGAGCGAGGGGAGCACAAGAAGACUAAAGAAGAUUUUUUGGUGUAUAAAUUAGAAGCUCAAGAGGCACUCAACAAAGAGAAGCAAGAUUCUAUGAACAGAUAUGGGGCCCUCAGUUCACAGCAUAAGAUACUGAAGAACCAGCACGAAGACGUCAAGAAACAGCUGCUCGACCUGCAGCUGCAGCACAACAGCUUGAAACUAGAGCAUCGCAAGACGGUGGAGACCCACAGCCAGAAAUACGCGCAGCUGCAGCGGGAGAAGGAGAGUGAAGUCACAGGCUUGCAGGAUACCGUCUUCAAACUCCGAGAGGAGAGCAAGCUUCUCCGGCAGGCCCACCAGGAUGUCCACUCUCAGCUCCUCGAUGCUCAGACCCAGAUGGAGGAGUUCAGGCAGCUCAAGGAAGCUCUGCAGAAGAUGCCAAGUUUCAAGGAAGUGGGACCUGCGAAGGGGCAAGAGCAGCUCCAGGCACUGAAGGAACAGCCCCCGGUGCCGGGCAGCAACCAUUUACAAUUCUCUAGGCAGAAGGUGUUUGCAGCCAAUGGGGCCAAAAUGCUGCUGAGCUCCGUGGAUCAGGAGAAGCCCCCUGGUGGGAGCCUGAUGAGACCACAGAUCUCUGGGGUCAGGAGCCAGGGAGAGGAGACUUUGCCCCAAGGCCAGACCUCGCAUAAUAGUGAUGGCCCCAGGCCUCAGAGCGAUGUGCUGUUUGCCCAUCCGGCCCCACUGCAGGAAGCCAAUCCGCCACCAGCAGCCCUGCCUGCCCGGCUGCAGGGACAUGGGGACACCCCUGUGAUCCGAUUCACACGGACAGUGAACAGUGUGCAGAAUGGGAACUCGGAUCACCAGGUGGUGGUGAGCAUUCAGGGGAAAACCAGUGAGGAAAACCAUGCUCCCAGAGGGGUGGUGCCUAAUCUGAAACGCCCAUCUACGUUGGAGGAGGCGGCAGCUCCAGCCAACCAUCCCUCGGCAGGGAACAAACCGGCGCAGAUGCAAAGCUGGCAAGACAUUGUUAACAAAGUGAAUGCCCGAAUGGAUGAGGAACAAGUGCACGGUUACCCAAAGCACCUUCACUUUGACACCAGAUCUGAGCAGAAUGGCAAUCUGUUGCUGGCCAAUCAACAAAGAGGGGCAGAGCAUCCGAUAGCCAAUCGGGAAGGAGACAAGGAAGGGACGGAUGAUGAGGAACUCGAGAUGGAUGCUGGGAUGAUCGAAAGAGAAGAGAAUAUGCACACGCAAAAAGAGGCGGUGGUCCAGGAGCCAAUGAUGCCUGAUGAUGCUGCAGACCCUGCUCAGGACCCCAAUAACCAAGGGGAAGAUGAGUUUGAGGAGGCCGAGCUGGAGAGGCCGGAUUUUGAGGAGAAGGUGGUCCAAUCAGACAAAUACAAGGACCCCAGCGUGCUAGGGAAAGAGGAGACAAAGAAGCCGCUGAAGGGUGCCGCUGGGCCAGACAAAGCCAGGGAAGAGCCAAUGGAUGACUACCAAGAAGAUCAGGAGCAAGAAAUUGAGGAUCAUGGAGGGGAGGUGGACGAUAACGACGACCUGGAGCUAGUGCAGGAGCACAAGGACCGUGGGGGCGUCCCAGGAGCUGAGAGCAAGAAGGACGAUUACUACUGAGGGUGCCGUCGGCUCAGAGCGCCUGGGAGGAGAAUGGCGUGUUAUGGGAGCAGGAGGGAGGAGUUGCAGAAAUCUCCUCGAGAGACAUGGAUCCGGGAUGAACUUCCGAAGGCAGGGCCGGAGGAACGUGUGGCCAGCACACAAGCAGGCCGCUUCCAAAUGCACAUUGUGUGUGUGUCCCCGGUGCAAUCUUGGCCACGCUGCCCGCUGGCGGAGAAAGCAGAAGUGCUCUCUGACCCCUGGCGUGGCCACAUCCUGCUGCUUCUCUCGGGGGCGCUUAUUGAUUUCCCCCCCCUUUUAUUAUUCCCCACUCCCGUUUCAGAUGAAGGUUUUUUUUGUUUUGUUUUUUUCAUUUUUUUACUGCUUGGGGCAUGGGAGAGGCAGAUGUUUGCUGAACUAUGAGACACCAGUGGUUGCACGGGCUCAGGCUACUGCCCUGGACUCACUUGACUGAUCUCCAAUACAAAGGAAUCUCUUUAUAAA